UCACGUGACUGGCUCCCCAAGCGGAGUUUCCACGACAGCUGGAAGCCGAAACGGCAACGGGCGCAUCGCUUCUUCUCUCAAAAGAAUCGGGACGAGAGAGAGAGAGAGAGAAAAACAGGCUUCUGCUCGUCUCGGCAACCCCCCACCCCCCCACCCCAGAGACACCCUGGUCUGGCAUGGGCGACAAGAGGAGUCCCACAAGGCCGAAGCGUCAACCGAAGCCCUCCUCCGACGAGGGGUUUUGGGACUGCAGCGUGUGCACGUACAAGAACACGGCGGAGGCUUUUAAGUGCAUGAUGUGUGAUGUCAGGAAAGGGACAUCAACAAGGAAGCCACGCCCAGUCUCCCAGCUUGUCUCGCAGCAGCAGGCCACUCAGCAGUUCGUGUUACCCUCGCAGCCCAAGAAGGAGAAGAAGGAGCGCGUCGAGCGAGAGAAGAGCGACAAAGAGCCGGCGCUCAAGAAGAACAGUCACAAGAAGAUGAGGCCCAGGUUAAAAAACAUUGACCGUAGCAGCGCCCAGCACCUGGAAGUGACGGUGGGCGACCUGACAGUCAUCAUCACGGACUUUAAGGAGAAGGCCAGGCCCUCGUCCACCUCGGCGUCGUCCUCCAGCGCCGCGUCAUCCGCCGACCACCACAGCCAGAACGGCUCCAGCUCGGAAACCACAGAGAAGGGGCUCUCGCGCUCAUCCUCGCCUCGGGGAGAGGGCAGCUCAGUUAACGGGGAGUCCCACUGAGCUCGCCCCUCUCCUUCCAUCCCACUCCUACCUGGCUGAUUUCCUUUCAUGGAGAUUUCCUUUUCAGCGGGAACUAGGACCCUUUUUCAGAUCCAAGUUGAAUCAGUCACCACGACUCUCAUUUAGGAAGCAUUACACAUGACACUAGCCAUGAACGGGAAGCUGCAUUUUCACUUUGACAAUUUUGUGCACUUGAGAGAAUCCCACGCAUUAUGCUAAGCUUCCUCACUGACAGCUCUGAUCUUAUAACAGCCUCUUUUUUUUCCAGGACUGUGAUUACAUGCUCAGACAAGCUUUGGACAGUGUGAAGUGCUCCAGGGAUGCACCUUGCUAUUUUUUGGGGGGCUUACAGUGACCAUCUAUUACAGCCUGCGACCUCAAACUCACCACUCCCAAACUUCUACUUCUUAUCAACUUCUGGUGUAGAAUCUAGGAAGAUGUUUUUGGAAACAUCCAAUAAAGACUGGGGAAUAUUGUUCAA